AUGAAACCGAACUUGAAGCAAUGGAAACAACUCAUGCUGUUUGGGAUCUUUGCAUGGGGUCUGCUUUUUCUGGUGAUAUUCAUCUAUUUUACAGAUAGCAACACUGCUGAACCAGCUCCGAGUUCCUUCUCUUACAUUGAAACCAAGAGGCUGCUGCCACUCCAGGGCAAGCAGAGAGUCAUCAUGGGAGCCAUUCACGACCCAUCAUUCUCUGAAACCAUCAAUGGGAAUGAGGUGCUUCUUAAUGAAGACCUCUUAGGUACCUUUAAAUCAGGGACUGGAAGUAUUAAGAAGUGGACUGAUUUGGAAGAUGCCUUUAGAAACGAAGAGGAGUUUUUUCCAUCCCAGAUAGGAAGAAAAUCAAAAAGUGCUUUCUACCAAGUGAACGACGAUUAUUUAUUUGCUGCUGGUCAGCCUCGGUCACACAACCACCUCCAGGAGAUAGCAAAAUUCAUCUCAGCCAACGAGGAUAAUCCAAAAGUAAACAUUCUACAGAACAACUGGAGCCAUCAGAGAAGAAUGAGGAGAAGGAGCGCAAGACACAGGAGAAACCAGAUGCUCGAUGACUCUGAUGACUGGGAUGGGCUUUAUUCCACCAUGUCAAAAUCCUUUCUUUACAAGCUUUGGAAAGGGGACGUCUCUUCCAAGAUGCUAAACCCUCGACUGCAGAAGGCAAUGAGAGAUUAUUUGAGCACCAAUAAGCACGGGGUGCGGUUCAAGGGGAAACGAAACUCCAAGCUGACAGGAGACCAGCUAUUCUGUGAGCUGAAAGAGAGGGUGCAUGUGAGAACAAUAGAUGGCAAGGAGGCUCCCUUUUCCACUCUUGGAUGGGAAAAGCACGUUCCCCAAAUCCCACUGGGCAAAUUGUAUGCACAUGGCUUCGGGAGCUGUGCUGUGGUGAUGUCUGCUGGUGCAAUACUCAACUCCUCUCUAGGGGAUGAAAUAGAUUCUCAUGAUGCUGUUCUGAGAUUUAAUUCUGCUCCAACGCAUGGCUAUGAAAAAGAUGUUGGAAAUAAAACAACAAUGCGGAUCAUUAACUCGCAGAUUCUCACCAAUCCAAACCAUCACUUUGUCGACAGCUCCUUGUACAAAGAUGUGAUCUUAGUAGCCUGGGAUCCUGCCCCGUACUCUGCAAAUCUGAAUGUGUGGUAUAAGAAGCCAGACUACAAUCUGUUCACUCCCUACGUGCAGCACCGCAGGAAGAACCCAACCCAGCCGUUCUACAUUCUCCAUCCAAAGUUCAUAUGGCAGCUCUGGGACAUCAUUCAGGAGAACACUAAGGAGAAGAUACAGCCCAACCCUCCUUCUUCAGGUUUUAUUGGUAUCCUCAUCAUGAUGUCCAUGUGUGAUGAAGUGCACGUCUACGAGUACAUCCCCUCAGUCCGCCAGACCGACCUGUGCCACUACCAUGAACUCUACUAUGAUGCAGCUUGUACCUUGGGGGCCUACCACCCGCUGCUCUACGAGAAGCUCUUGGUGCAGAGGAUGAACAAAGGUUUGCAGGAUGAUCUGUAUCGCAAGGGGAAAGUCAUUUUGCCAGGGUUCAAAGCUGUCAAGUGCCCUGAACGAAGUGAUUUCCCACGUUUGUAGAGAAAAAAAAAGAGUCCUCCAGAAACAAUGUGCAAUAAGGUACUACUGUCGUACUAUAAACGAGAGGAGAAUACUUGAAAAAUGGAUCUUAGACCAAUCUAGUCUUGAGUCUAUAAAUUGUAAUUAAGUAGCAGGCAUGAGAAAUACGACUUUCCUGAGCCUGGGUAUUUAUUACUGCUUUGCAAAUAGUGAAAGAAAAACAAAGGCUUAGCUCAUGAGAGGUGCAAAGGACAUACUUAGGCAGAAAUAUAAUGUAUUGUUGUGGAUGUGACUGUCAGAAGUUGUUGGUGGUUCCUUAUGCCACGUAUGCUAGACUGUAACAUGUUUUUAUUUUGAAAUGAACUUAUUUAACUGUUAAACCUGGCAUUGUGAAACAGCCUCUAUUGCUAUUGUACAGAGCAGCCAGUUGAACAAUGCAGCAUUUCUCGUGGCUCCCUGGGAUUUUCACACUCUCCAAGAAUGAAGUAAUACCUGCUCUGAGCUGUGCAGUCAUUGACUAGAUGAGAUUUUCAUUCCCAUUCAUACACAAGCUCAGUUACACACCUCCAGCUGUCCAGGGGACCUUAUGGUGGCUAUGAAGUCAGUGCAGGUGGAGAUGGUGGUGCACACAGCUCAACCAGCUGAACUGCUGGAUAUACUUUUGAUGCCAGAUCCCCACACUCACACUGACUGCAUAAGGCAGAGUGAAA